UACAAAAAAAAAGCUUCUUUUUUUUUUUCAUUAGAAAUAUCGUUGCAUUAAGUCAUCAACUAUAAAAUAUUCGUGCUUAUUUUAACUCCAUUUUUUCAUUUACACACAUACACACUGACAGAGAGAUAAUAUGGGAAAGGAAAGUGGUGAAGAGGGUGCACUUCCAUUGUUUGAGACAAAAGAAGCAAGAUUUAGAGGUGCAUAUAAGAUGUUUGCUUCCACAGUGUUUGUUGGUAUAUGUUUGAUUUGGGUUUACAGAUUGACACACAUUCCAAGAGUUGGAGAGCAAGGAAGAUGGGCUUGGAUUGGUAUGUUCAUGGCUGAGCUAUGCUUCGGUUUGUACUGGAUGCUAACUCAGUCUUGUCGUUUUAAGGUUGUUUACAAUCACCCUUUCAAGGAAAGACUCUCAUACAGAUACGAAAAGAAGUUACCGAAUGUCGACAUUUUUGUGUGCACAGCAGACCCUAAGAUGGAGCCACCAACUUUGGUGAUCAACACCAUUUUAUCAAUAAUGUCAUACAAUUAUCCACCUGAGAAGUUGAGUGUUUAUCUUUCUGAUGAUGGUGGGUCAGAGUUGACAUUCUAUGCUCUCAUAGAGGCUUCUAAUUUCUCUAAGCACUGGAUACCCUUUUGCAAGAAAUUUAAUAUUAAACCAAGGUCUCCGGGUGCCUACUUUGCCCAACAAAUUGAUGUUCAAAACAUCACAUAUGCCCAAGAAUGGUUGGCUAUGAAGAAUCUAUAUGAAGAAAUGGAAAACCGAAUUAACACAGCAGUUAAAAUGGGCACCAUUCCAAAAGAAACAAGGGAUCAACACAAAGGAUUUUCAGAAUGGAACUCCAAAGUAACGAAGCAAGAUCACCAAUCAAUUGUGCAGAUUAUAAUUAAUGGAAUGGACAAAAAUGCAAUGGAUAUUGAUGGAUGGCGAUUGCCAACACUAGUAUACAUGGCACAAGGAAAAAGACCACAGUGCCCUCACAACUUUAAAGCUGGAGCUAUGAAUGCAUUAAUAAGAGUGUCUUCAAAGAUAAGUAAUGCCCCAAUCAUCCUGAACUUAGACUGUGACAUGUAUGCAAAUGAUGUGGACACAAUACGAGAGAUACUGUGUUUCUUCAUGGACAAAAAGAGAGGUCAUGAGAUCUCUUUCGUGCAAUUUCCACAACAAUAUAACAAUAUCACCAAGAAUGAUAUUUAUGCAAGUUCUUAUUCAGUUACUAACAAUGUUGAGCUUGCUGGUAUAGGUGGAUAUGGUGCAGCCUUGUAUUGUGGCACCGGAUGUUUCCAUCGAAGAGAGAGUCUUUGUGGAAAGGUGUAUUCCAAGGAUUAUAAAGGAGAAUUUAAUCUAGAAGCCAAGAAGAAUAAUGAUAAAACUGUUAAUGAAUUGGAAGAAUUAUCUAAAGUUUUUGCUAAUUGUAGUGCUGAGAAGGACACUCAAUGGGGGAAAAAUAUGGGGCUGAUUUAUGGGUGCCCAGUUGAAGACAUUGUAACUGGCUUGACUAUUCAAUGUAGGGGUUGGAAAUCACUUUAUUAUAAUCCAGAUAGAAAGGCAUUUUUGGGUGUUGGUCCAACUACUUUAGAUAUAGUUCUUAUUCAACACAAGAGGUGGUCUGAAGGCAUGUUUCAAAUAUUUUUCUCCAAGUUUUGCCCUUUCAUAUAUGGGCAAGGAAAGAUAAAAUUUUGUGCUCAGAUGGGAUAUUGUAUUUAUCUUUUAUGGGCUCCAAUUUCCUUCCCAACACUCUAUUAUGUGAUUGUUCCUUCUCUUUGCUUGCUUCAUGGCUUUUCCUUAUUCCCUCAGGUUAAAAGCAUAUGGUUCUUGCCCUUUGCUUAUGUUUUUGUAGCAAGGAAUGUUGGCAGCAUAGUAGAGGCCUUGAGUUGUGGGAAUACUCUCAAAGCUUGGUGGAAUUGGCAACGAAUGUGGGUGAUCCAAAGAACUACCUCAUUCUUCUUUGGGUUCAUUGACACCAUUAGCAGACAAUUAGGCCUCUCUGAAACAACAUUUGUGCUAACAACUAAGGUAGGUGCAGAGGAUGUGUUGAAGAGGUACAGGCAAGAAGUCAUAGAGUUUGGAAGCCCAACUAUCAUGCUUACCAUUAUAGCAACAUUGGCAUUACUAUACCUCUUUAGUUUAAUUGGGGAAAUCAGAAAGAUUGUUCUGGAUUUUGAGUUCAAGGUGUUAGACCAGUUGAUCAUGCAGGUUAUUCUUAACUUGCUACUUGUCUUGAUCAACAUACCAGUGUACCAAGGACUCUUCAUCCGCAAUGAUAAGGGUCGUAUACCAUCCUCGGUUUUGUUCAAGUCUAUUGUUUUAGCUUCACUGGCUUGUUUGAUACCUAUAAUUUGACAUAGUAUACCAUAAUGUAGAUUGUACCAUUUUUAGUAGUCAUGUGGCUUGGUAUGUAGCUUUUCCUUUAAAAUAAGGCCCUGGACAUUACUUGUACUGUUGAGUUAUGGUCAUUUCCAUUGUUUGUGAUAUAUCAGACCCAAGUUCAUAUGGAC